AUGACGGUGCCAGAGCCUAUGCCUACGCCCCUUCAUGGGUAUGUGGGUUUCGACACCAUGACGAAGCAAGUGGAGCUAAAAAUGAUGCACCGUGGCUUCCAGUUCAAUGUCAUGGUUGUUGGCCAGACGGGAAUGGGAAAGAGCACGAUGAUCAACACCUUGUUUUCGUCGCGCCUGCUCGAAAGCAAGGGUCGAUUCGACCCGUCGGAUGACAUGCCUAAGACGACAACCAUUAGCACGGUGUCACAUGUAAUUAUCGAGAAUGGCGUGAAGCUAAAGCUUAACCUGAUUGACACUCCCGGCUACGGCGAUCUGAUCAACAACGAGCACUGUUGGGAACCUAUUGUCAAGUACAUCAAGGAUCAGUACAGUAUUUAUCUGCGCAAAGAGCUCACCGCUGUGCGCGAGCGCCACAUUCCCGACACUCGCGUCCAUGUGGUGCUUUUCUUCAUCAAUCCGUCGGGCCACUCGCUCCGCCCCAUUGAUAUUCAAAUGCUUAAAAAACUGGGUGACAUUGCCAAUGUCAUCCCGAUCAUUGCCAAGGCUGAUACGCUUACAAUGGAAGAGCGGGAGGCAUUCAAGCAUCGUGUACGCAAUGAGCUGCAAGAGAAUAGUAUCCGUGUGUACCCCUUUGACCACGAAGACUACGAUGACGAGGAGCGAGAGCUGAACAGCCAAGUACAGGCCAUGUUACCUUUCGCUGUUGUCGGCUCUACCAAGGUAUAUGACGUGGAUGGCAUGCCCGUGCGUGGCCGUCAGUCGCGGUGUGGCAUGAUCAACAUCGAAGACCCCUCGCAUUGUGAGUUUGUGCAGUUCCGCAACUUUUUGUUGCGCACGAAUCUGCACGACCUUAUUGAUACGACAACGUAUACAUACUACGAAUCAUUCCGCUCGAAGCAGCUCCUGGCGCUCAAGGAAAGCAGUGCUAAGCAGCAGCAGCAGCACCAGCAACAGUACCAGCAGCACGCCUAA